AUGGCAAUAUAUCAAAAAACAGUUGAACAAUUCGAAACAUUACUUAAAUGUGAUAUAAUUGAUUUAAAAAGACUUAAAAUACUUGCCUUCAAUGGGUGUCCAGCAGAGAAUGGCAUUCGUAGUUUAACAUGGAAGGUAUUACUCAAUUAUCUUGUACUCGAUCGAACUAAAUGGUCAUCACAUUUGAGUAAACAACGGGAAUUGUAUCGUGGUUAUAUUCGUGAAACUAUUAUAAAACCAGGUCUUACACCAACAACCGAAGCUGAUUUCGUUGACCAUCCAUUAAAUUCUGCACCGGAUAGUUCAUGGGCUGUUUAUUUUAAAGAAAAUGAAGUUCUAUUACAAAUUGACAAAGAUGUUCGACGUCUCUGUCCAGAUUUAUCAUUUUUUCAACGUGAAACUGAUUAUCCAUGUUCCGAAAUCUUAAAUCAAGAAGCGGGUUUUGAAAGUUUACGUAAACGUAUUGUUUCAACAGCACUUAAAGUUGAAUCUCAAUCCCAAUCACGUUUAACUGGUCGAUUAGAAUUCGAAUAUCAAAAUAAAAAGAGUCAUUCCUCAACAUCAUACGACGAUAAUGAAUAUCAAUUAUUACCCGACGGACAUGAAGCGCACUGGGAAGUUGUUGAAAGAAUUUUAUUUGUCUUUUCAAAACUUAAUUCAGGACAAAGUUAUGUACAAGGAAUGAAUGAAAUUAUUGGACCGAUUUAUUAUACAUUUGCAACAGAUCCAAAUUUAGAAUGGAGAGAACAUGCUGAAGCUGAUGCAUUUUAUUGUUUUACAAAUUUAAUGAUACAUAUUCGAGAUAAUUUUAUGAAAAUUUAUGAUCAUUCGGAAUUUGGUAUACUUGUUCGUAUGCAAAGAUUUUUGAUGUUAUUAAAAAAAACUGAUCAUGAUAUUCAUUAUUUAUUUGAAAAACAAAAAUUAAAACCAGAAUUUUAUGCAUUUCGUUGGUUAACAUUAUUAUUAUCACAAGAAUUUCGUUUACCUGAUGUUUUACGUAUCUGGGAUUCAUUAUUUGCUGAUCAAGAAAGAAAUUUUGAAUUUCUUCUUUAUAUUUGCUGUGCUAUGAUUGUUCUUCAACGAACUCGCCUUUUAACUGGAUCUGAAUCACAAAAUAUCAAAUUAUUACAAGGUCGACAGAUAAUUUCGAAACGAAUCUAUCAAUCGGGUGAAUUAAUAUUUGAAGAACAACCACUUGUUUUAGCUCAAUUUGAAUGGAAUAAAUUAUAUAAAUAUUCAGCAUGUGAAUAUUGUUUAUAUCCAUUAGAAUCAUGUGAACAGAACGUUCGUCGACUUUGCCAAGACACUUCCAUUGUUAUUCAACAUCCAGAAUGCGAUCCGAAUCAAACAAUAAGUCAACGCAUUGUUCGAUGUCGACAAUGCAAUGAAAUGUAUUGUUCAACAAAAUGUUAUCAACAAGCAAUGACGAAUUAUCAUUCAAUAUUAUGUCAAUCAACCGAAAAUGAAAAGAAAGAUCAAUUGAUUCGACAUAUUAUUGAUUUAUGGAGAUCUGCACAUCCUCCACCUGAAACAACAUCGAUUACACUUGUACUUAAAUUAAUGGCGAUGCUUAAGAAUAGUAAUAAUCGUUUAUUACUUCUACAAGAAUUGCAAAAAUUUUCUCAAGGUGUUCAAAGUGAAAAUCAAAAAUUUUAUCAUAAAUUAUUACGCAAAGAAUUUCAAUCUCAAGUUGAACAGUUAAGAUAUGCUCUAGAACAAUUUAAUGAACAGUAUAUGCAGAUUUCUGAAUUCAAAUGGUUCCUUACAUCAGAUGGUUUUCGACAAUUAUUAGCUUUACUUGGUCGAAAUCAACAAGGAAUUGGUACCAGUUCACUUGCUAUUUGGGUUAAAAAUUGUGAAAACUUAUCUAAAACUCAGGAAACAACAGCAGCAGCAGGAGCAGCGGGUAGUGAUAUAUCACAAUUUAUCGAUGCUAUUUAUACGAAAAUAGAUGAUGUUUCCGGUGAAUUUAUUGAUUGUGAAGGUAGUGGAUUAUUUAAAUUACAAAGUUGUUUAAAUCAUAGUUGUGAUGCUAAUGCUGAAAUACAAUACCUACAUAAUAAUUCAACAUUAUCCGUAGUAACAACACGAUUAAUAUCACCGAAUGAAGAAAUUACAAUUAAUUAUCUAUCAGAAUGUGAUCGAAAUCGAUCAAGACAUUCAAGACAAAAACUUCUUCAAGAGAAUUACUUAUUUUUAUGUCAAUGCAAUCGAUGUGUAUCAGAAGCGUCUGAGCCUGAUGAAACAAGUGAAGAAGAAGAAAGUGAAAAUGAAAUGGAUGAAGAUUAA